AUGUCGUCCACUGAGGGCAUGAUCAAUGGCGGAAGCUCCUCCGCGCACCACAAGGCACCGGCACCUGGAGAUGGCAAUGGUGGUUUCGUUCCCAGCAAUAAGAUGACAGUCGAGCCUCCCAAGAAGGAGGAUCUUCAGCGCAAGUAUGCCACUGUUGUCGAACACGAAGCCGGUCCCAACGACUGGUAUGGAAGCAUGAUGAACGUCCUUGGAGGCAUCGUUGGAACCAUGGGCGCCAUUCCCUGCUGUAUCAUCUGCCCCAACCCUUACAAGGAAGUCAACCAGGGCAACGUCGGUCUCGUUACAAAGUUUGGAAAGUUCUACAAGGCUGUCGAUCCUGGUCUGGUCAAGAUCAACCCUCUCAGCGAGAGACUCCUACAGAUCGAUGUCAAGAUCCAGACCACCGAAGUCCCUGAGCAGAUCUGCAUGACCAAGGACAACGUCACUCUUCGUUUGACCUCAGUCAUUUACUACCACAUCGUGUCUCCUCACAAGGCUGCUUUCGGUAUCAACAACGUUAAGCAGGCUCUCAUGGAGCGUACUCAGACCACUCUCCGUCAUGUAGUCGGUGCUCGUGUUCUCCAGGAUGUCAUCGAGCGUCGCGAGGAGAUUGCCCAGUCCAUCGGAGAAAUUAUUGAGGAUGUUGCCGCUGGCUGGGGUGUUCAAGUUGAGAGCAUGCUCAUCAAGGAUAUUGUCUUCAGUCAGGAGCUGCAGGAGUCUCUCUCCAUGGCUGCCCAGAGCAAGCGUAUUGGUGAGAGCAAGAUCAUUGCUGCUAAGGCUGAGGUCGAAUCCGCCAAGCUCAUGCGACAGGCUGCCGACAUUCUUAGCUCUGCUCCUGCCAUGCAGAUCAGAUAUCUCGAGGCUAUGCAAGCCAUGGCCAAGUCUGCUAACAGCAAGGUCAUCUUCUUGCCCGGUGCCAGCCAGGGCAUGGGAGGUGCUCUUAACGCUGCUCUGAGCAAUGAGACCGGCGAAUCCAGCUCUCAUGCUCUCAGCCAUGAUCAAGACUUUGGAGGUCAGGACUCGGGUUUCCAACAGGCUAUGAACGCCCGCGUUGUUGAGAACAUCUAA